UCGUUGGUUCAAUUGACAUACCAACCAAUAUUUAGGGGUGACUGAAAGCUUCAAAGCUUGUAUUGUUUGAGGUCAAUCUGUUGUUUUGUGGUUUUUCUCCAUAAUUUGUUUUUCAAGAUUAUUUGAAAACGACCCAAUCAACAUGGGAGAUUCAGAAAAAAAGAAGCUUUCCGAGCUUCGCGUAAAAGAUCUUCGUCUAGAACUGGGAUUAAGAGGACUGGACAAAACAGGCACCAAACUAGUUCUAAUGAAACGAUUGGAAGAGGCACUAGAAGAAGAGGGCAAAGAUCCAAAAACUUACAUUUUUGGGGAGGAAGAACAAGAAGAACUAGAAGAUUUAGUUCAACCAGAUGAUAAAAAAGAUGAUGGUGAAAAUCUGCAUAAAGGUGAAAACUUGGAUGAACUAACUUUAGAGGAUGAAGAGAAGCUUCUUGCUGAUGAGAAUGAAGAAAAUGAGUAUUCAUUAAAACAUGAAGAAAAGGAGGAGCAUGAAGACCAGGAUAUAGAAGGCAGAAAUGAAAAUGAAGAAGAAAAUGAUGAAUCUGCACAGGAUGAUCUUGAAGUGCCAGAGGAAAAUGUAGAGCAAGAUGCUGAGAUAAAAGAAUGUUCUGUAGGAAAAUCGGAAGUAAAUAAAGUUCUUGACAAUGCUUCGGAAGAGCAGCAAAUUUCGACAGAUAAGACAGAGGAGAAGACAAAAGAGAAAUGUUCUGAGGUCCAUUUAAUUGAUAAACCUAAUAUAAAGGAACCCACAACAAAAAGGGAUGAGGACAGUAAACCCAAAGAUAACCAAGAGGAUGAAGAGGAGAACAAAGAGAAGGCUAAGGACAACAAGAACGUUCAGAAGAGGAAAGAACAAUCGGGAAACCCCACUGUCAUCUGGAUAUCCAACAUUUCAAGAACAACAAGAGCGAGUGAACUUAAGGCAGCUCUCCACAAGUGUGGUAAGGUUGUCGGCGCUAAAGUCGUCUUAAAUGCAAAAUACCCCGGAUCUAAUUGUUUUGGACAUGUCACCAUGGCAACAACUGAAGCAGUUCAAGUAGCCAUAGAAACAUUAAAUAAUACUGAGCUGAAUGGGAGGAUAAUACAGGUUCAUAAGUUCGAUGAAGUGCGGCUUGAUCAGCAGCGGAAAGUAAGUGGAAAUAAACUGGAAAAGAAAGAUCCGCAGAGCUCAGUAAAGGCCACCGAAAAAAAGGAAAAGGUUUCGACCAAACCGGAUGAUAAAAAUAAGGAUACGGUGGGAAAGCCUUCACAGCAUCAAAAAUUCAAAAGUCGAGAAGAUUCGAAGUUUUCGCGAGAACAUCAGUCACAUUUUGGAUUCAAAAAUAGGAAUUAUCCACCGCCAAGAAAUAAUCCUCAUUACAGAGAUAAUCGAAGUGCAUUUCUAAAUUUUGAAAGAAUCAAGGAGGUUCGUAAAGAACAACAGAAAAUCAGAGAUGAUCGCGUUCACCGCGAAACAAUUAAAAAACUCGAUUCCGAACGUAAUAGACAAAAGGAAAUUGACGAGCGUGCUCGACGUGAACGCAGGCUCAUCGAGAAAGAAAAGGAGGAACUUAAGAUUGAAAAGGAAAAACUCGAAAGAGAGAAGCAGAGGCUCAAAAAACUGGAACAAGAACAAAUCCAACGCAAUCUUAUUCAAAAAGAGACUCAAGCGCUGAAACAAACAAUCAAUAUAUUUGAAGAAAUUCCUAACAGGAAGCGCCCAAGGUCCCCUCGUAGAUAUAAUGAAGAACCAUUACACUUUAAGCCAAGAUACAAACAUGGAUCUGGAUCUCCGGACAGGCGACGUCCGAAGUUUGAACCUCCGCACCAAGGAAAAGGCCGUGAAUCGAAUCCACCACGUGGCAGAGAACCAGAAAGAACUUAUCGCUCUGCAGACCGUAAAAACUUUGAUUCAAGAAACAAAGAUCGUUACCAAGGCGAUUUUAGGGCACCUUCGAGGCGGUUUGAUCACGGCUCUAGGCGAGAAUCAUCUCCCAAUCGUAAGGAAUAUAGAUACUCUGAAAAAUCAAAUUCUGAAAGAGGAGAUUGGAGAAAGAAAGGUGACAAUGAGAUUUAUACAAACCGAGAUCCAAGAAGUUAUAAUCAAGUCUAUAAUAGAGAAGCGAACUCGAACUCCAAUAAUUCUUGGAGUACUCAAAGCCAAAUCCGGUAUUCUCCUCCAGGGUCGUGGGGCUACAUGCAACCAGUAGCACAACCAAUGGGGUCAAUGCAAAAUCAAGGAUACAACAAUCCUAAUUCUAUGGGUAUCCAAAUCCCACCAGCUCCAUCCAUUGGCAGCUACAAUAGUUAUGGCGGACAGCUACGGCGAUAUUAAAAAUUGUCGAAAAUUAGUUCUAUAAAUUUUUAUUUGUAACAUCUUUAUGUUCGUAUAUUCCUUUAUUGAUUUAAAAUAAAUGUUAAUUAUUACAUUA